AUGACUAAAGUGAACUUGGAACCAUGUCAUAAAAGAACCCAUACUGGAGAGAAACCUUAUGAAUGUAAUCAAUGUGGUAAAGCCUUUUCCUCUCACAGUAGUCUCAGAUAUCACAAAAGAAACCAUACUGGAGAGAAACCUUAUGAAUGUAAUCAAUGUGGUAAAGCCUUUUCCUGUCACAGUAGUCUCAGAUUUCAUAAAAGAACCCAUACUGGAGAGAAACCUUAUGAAUGUAAUCAAUGUGGUAAAGCCUUUGCAAGACCUGCUUAUCUCCAACAUCAUAAAAGAACCCAUACUGGAGAGAAACCUUUUGAAUGUAAUCAAUGUGGUAAAGCCUUUGCAAGACACGCUCAUCUCCACGGUCAUAAAAGAACCCAUACUGGAGAGAAACCAUAUGAAUGUAAUCAAUGUGGUAAAGCCUUUUCCUGUCACAAUAGUCUCACAUAUCAUAAAAGAACCCAUACUGGAGAGAAACCUUAUAAAUGUAAUCAAUGUGGUAAAGCCUUUGCAAGACCUGCUUAUCUCCAACAUCAUAAAAGAACCCAUACUGGAGAGAAACCUUAUAAAUGUAAUCAGUGUGGUAAAGCCUUUGCAAGACCCAGUCAUCUCCACUGUCAUAAAAGAACCCAUACUGGAGAGAAACCU